AUGAACGCCCUUCCCGUUCCGGAGCAGGCCACCUCGCCAUCUGCACCCGAUUCGUCCUCAUCUUCCUGUACUCUCGCCUCGCCUCACCUGCGCCACAACUGCCAAGCUCCUAGCUCUACUCCUGUUCCUCUUCCUCCUCCCAUGGAGCUCGCAGCGUCCGCUUCCGCCUCCGUCUGCUCGGUGGAGUACCACCACCUCUCGGCGCCAGCGGCGGCCGCCGCUGACCGCGGUGGCGACAGCGCGCAGGAGGAGACGGCGACGACGCGGCUCGAUCGGCGGCGGAGGAAGCGCGGCGGCGGCGGCGGCGGCUGCGCGGGGCUCCGGCGGCGGUGCUACGCGGUGCUCAAGCAGCAGCGGACGCGGCUCUACAUCCUCCGCCGGUGCGUCACCAUGCUGCUCUGCUGGCACGAGCACGACCUGUCAGACUGA